UGAGAAGUCCAUUGAAUGGGAGCCCUGGAAUGUUCUUAUUGAGCUGCAUCACUUCCUUCCUGGGACCAUCGGGGCACUUCCCCAGCCUUUCAAGACAGGUUCUGCUCCAAAAAGGUCUACAGGGCGAGGAAACCCCAGGCCGAAGUUAGGGGCCGCCACACACACAGUCUUGCUGGGGCUCUAGGCCAUUUCUCCCCUCCUAGCCCCCCAGGAGGUGAAAGGCUCACAAGAGGGUGGGUCACAGGCCUGACCUUGCUGCAGAGAAAAGCCCGAGGCCCUGCAUCUCCGGGAGGGAGGUUCCUGAGUUUAUUGAAGAGGAAGGAAAAGAAGUGGUUUCACCUUUGGGAGUGCUGUUUCCGCGCUGGCUGCCCCCGUGCGUGGGGUUGCAUCCUGACCCCAUAGAUCCAGUGAAGUUCAAGUUGUUUUCUGGGGCGGCCUAGUCCUGCUCUGCCUGGAGCCAAGCGUCUCUGCGUGGGUUUCAUGCUGCAGCGGGGACAUGGCAGCCUCCAGGACGGCCGCUCGGUCUCCGCGGGACAUUGCCAACGUGAUGCAGAGGCUGCAAGAUGAGCAAGAGAUAGUACAAAAACGAACUUUCACAAAAUGGAUCAACUCUCAUCUGGCCAAGCGGAAACCCGCACUGGUGGUAGAAGAUCUUUUUGAAGACAUGAAAGAUGGUGUUAAGCUCCUUGCUCUCCUGGAAGUCCUGUCUGGGCAGAAACUGCCGUGUGAGCAAGGACGCCGUAUGAAGCGGAUCCACGCUGUGGCUAACAUCGGCACCGCGCUGAAGUUCCUUGAAGGAAGGAGGUCCAUGUACAGAGGAUCACCGGUUAGUACAAAUUUUAGAAUUUUUAACUCCAUCGAGGAGCUGACCAGCAACCUGCCGCAGCUGCAGUCCCUGUCCAGCAGCACGUCCUCUGUGGACAGCACGGUCAGCUCGGAGGCCGCCAGCCCCCCCAGCAAGCGGAAGGCAGCCACCAAGAUCCAAGGAAAUGCCAAGAAGGCCUUGCUAAAGUGGGUUCAGUACACAGCCGCCAAGCUUACUGGAAUAGAAAUCAAAGACUUCGGGCGGAGUUGGAGAAACGGGGUUGCCUUUCAUUCAGUCAUCCAUGCUAUUCGGCCAGAGCUGGUGGACUUGGAGAGGGUGAGAGGAAGGUCCAACCGAGAAAACCUGGAGGAGGCUUUCACCAUUGCGGAAACGGAGCUGGGGAUACCCAGGUUACUAGAUCCUGAAGACGUUGAUGUGGAUAAACCAGAUGAGAAGUCUAUCAUGACCUAUGUAGCCCAGUUUCUGAAACACUAUCCUGACGUCCACAAUGCAGGCACUGAUGGGCUAGAGAAUGAUGAAAUAUUUCCAGAUUUCCUACUUUUUGCAAAUUCUAUCCAAAAUCUUAAGAGAGAAGACAGGCUAAUGCUGAAGGAAACAAAAGUUUGGAUAGAGCAAUUCGAAAGAGAUUUGACAAGGGCACAGAUGAUAGAAGCAAACUUGCAGGAUAAAUAUCAGCUCUUUGAUUGGCAUAUACAGCUGGAUAAAUCUCUCCCUGCGCCUCUGGGCACUAUAGGUGCCUGGUUGUACAGGGCAGAGGUGGCCCUGCGGGAGGAAAUAACCAUUCAGCAGGUCCAUGAGGAAACCGCCAACACAAUACAGCGGAAGCGUGAGCAGCACAAGGAUCUGCUUCAAAACACAGAUGCCCACAAAAGAGCCUUCCAUGAAAUCUACCGGACCCGGUCGGUCAACGGGAUCCCAGUGCCACCUGACCAGUUAGAGGACAUGGCCGAGAGGUUUCAUUUCGUUUCCUCCACAUCAGAACUGCACUUAAUGAAAAUGGAAUUUCUAGAAUUAAAGUACCGUCUGCUCUCACUGCUGGUUCUUGCAGAGUCGAAGCUGAAGUCUUGGAUCAUCAAAUACGGGAGGAGAGAGUCGGUGGAGCUGCUGCUGCAGAACUACAUCACUUUUAUAGAAAAUAGCAAGUUCUUUGAACAAUAUGAAGUGACAUACCAGAUCUUGAAACAGACAGCAGAGAUGUACGUCAAAGCCGAUGGUUCAGUGGAAGAAGCCGAGAAUGUGAUGAAAUUCAUGAAUGAAACCACGGCGCAGUGGCGGAACCUGUCGGUGGAGGUCCGCAGCGUGCGGAGCAUGCUGGAGGAGGUCAUCGCCAACUGGGAUCGCUAUGGCGACACCGUGGCUGGGCUGCAGGCCUGGCUAGAGGAUGCCGAAAAAAUGCUAAGUCAGUCGGAGCUAGCCAAAAAGGACUUUUUUCGAAAUUUGCCUCAUUGGAUACAGCAACACUCUGCCAUGAACGAUGCUGGCAAUUUUCUCAUUGAAACCUGUGAUGAGGUGGUUUCCCGUGACCUUAAACAGCAGUUAUUAUUGCUCAAUGGGCGCUGGAGGGAGUUGUUCAUGGAAGUCAAGCAAUAUGCGCGGGCUGAUGAGGUGGACAGGAUGAAGAGGGAAUACACAGACUGUGUCACUGCCCUGUCUGACUUUGCAACUGCAGCCCACAGGAAGCUUUCUGAACCCUUGGAAGUCUCUUUUGUUAACGUCAAGUUAUUAAUUCAAGACCUGGAGGACAUUGAGCAGAGGAUACCUGUGAUGGAUGCUCAGUACAAGAUCCUCACACAGACAGCGCACCUCGUUACCAAAGAGAGCUCCCAAGAGGAAGCUAAGGAAAUGUUUGCGACCAUGUCUGGGCUCAAAGAGCAGCUGACCAAGGUCAAAGAACGUUACUCCCCACUCCUGUACGAGUCUCAGCAGCUGUCAGUUCCGCUGGAGGAAUUAGAAAAGCAGAUCACGCUCUUCUAUGACUCACUUGGGAAAGUCAGUGAGGUUAUCACAGUGCUUGAGCACGAGGCGCAAUCUAGUGCUCUUUUUAAACAAAAACACCAGGAGCUGCUAGCUUGUCAGGAGAGCUGUAAGAAGGCCAUGGCACACAUUGAGAAAGGCAGCCAGGGUGUUCAGAAGUUUGUGACCUUGAGCCACGUGCUGAAGCAUUUUGAUCAGACGAAGCUGCAGAGAAAGACAGCCGAAGCCCACGUGGCCUUCCAGAAUAUGGUCAAGAAAACUGGAGACUGGAAGAAACAUGUGGAAACCAACAGCCGCCUGAUGAAGAAGUUUGAGGAGUCGCGGGCGGAGCUGGAGAAGGUGCUGCAGGUGGCACAGGAGGGCCUGGAGGAGAAGGGGGACCCGGAAGAGCUCCUGCACAGACACACUGAAUUCUACGGUCAGCUGGACCAGAGGGUGCUCAACGCCUUCCUGAAAGCCUGCGACGACCUCACGGACAUCCUGCCUGAGCAGGAGCAGGCGGGCCUGCAGGAGGCGGUGAGGAAGCUGCACAAGCAGUGGAAGGAUCUUCAAGGAGAAGCCCCAUAUCACUUGCUCCAUCUGAAGAUCAAGGUGGAGGAGAAUAAAUUCUUGGCCUGUGUGGAAGAAUGCAGAACUGAGCUGGCCCGGGAGACCAAGCUGGUGCCCCAGGAAGGCAGUGAAAAGAUGAUUACAGAGCACAGGAUCUUCUUCAGUGACAAAGGGCCGCAUCACCUCUGCGAGAAAAGGCUGCAGCUCAUUGAGGAGCUGUGUCUGAAGCUCCCAGGCCGGGACCCAGUAAGGGACACGCCUGGAGCCUGUCAGGCGACGCUCAAGGAGCUCAGGGCUGCCAUCGAGAGCACCUACACGCAGCUGGUGGAGGACCCCGACAAGUGGAAGGACUACACCAGCAGAAUUUCUGAGUUCUCAUCUUGGAUCGCUGCAAAGGAGACACAGCUGAAGGGGAUUAAGAAAGAGGCCAUUGAUACCGCCAACCAUGGAGAGGUGAAGCGGGUGGUUGAGGAGAUAAGAAAUGGUGUUACCCAAAAAGGCGAGACUCUUGGCUGGCUGAAAUCCAGGCUUCAAGUUUUGAUUGAAGUUUCUUCUGAGAAAGAAGCCCAGAAGCAGGGGGAUGAGCUGGCGAAAGUCUCUAGUUCCUUCAAAGCUCUCACAGCUUUGUUGUCAGAGGUUGAAAAGAUGUUAAGCAGUUUCGGGGACUGUGUCCAGUACAAAGAAACCGUCAAGAGUUCCCUCAAAGAGUUAAUUUCUGGUUCCAAGGACGUCCAGGAGCAAGCGGAGGAGAUCUUGGACACGGAAAACCUGUUUGAAGCGCAGCAGCUACUUCUUCAUCACCAGCAAAAGACAAAGAGGAUCUCUGCAAAGAAGAGGGACGUGCAGCAGCAGAUGACGCAGGCCGGGCAGGGAGAAGGCGGGCUGCCCGGACCAGUGCAGGAGGAGCUGCGGAAGCUGGAGAGCACCCUGGACGGCCUGGAGCGCAGCAGGGAGAGGCAAGAGCGCCGCAUCCAGGUCACAUUAAGAAAAUGGGAGCGAUUUGAAACCAACAAAGAGACAGUGGUCAGAUACCUUUUUCAAACAGGUUCCAGCCACGAGCGCUUCUUGAGUUUUAGCAGUUUGGAAAGUUUGUCUUCAGAACUGGAACAGACAAAGGAGUUCUCUAAGCGGACAGAGGGUAUUGCAGUCCAGGCUGAGAGCCUUGUGAAGGAAGCUGCAGAGAUACCACUUGGGCCCAAGAAUAAGCAGCUGCUCCAACAGCAGGCCAAGUCAAUCAAAGAACAAGUCAAAAAGUUAGAAGACACCCUCGAAGAAGAUAUUAAAACCAUGGAAAUGGUGAAAAACAAGUGGGAACAUUUUGGCAAUAAUUUUGAGACCCUGUCCGUCUGGAUAACUGAGAAAGAAAAAGAACUCAAUGCCUUGGAAACUACGCCAUCUGCCACGGACAUGCAAACCAACCAGAUUAAGGUCACGAUUCAGGAAAUAGAAAGUAAGAUCGGCAGCAUCACAGGGCUGGAAGAAGAAGCGCAGUCUUUCGCCCAGUUUAUUACCACUGGAGAAUCAGCCCGCAUCAAGGCCAAGUUGACACAACUGAGAAGAUACUGGGAAGAACUUCGAGAGCACGCACAGGGUCUGGAAGGAACAAUCCUGGGACAGGUCUCUCAGCAGCAAAAGUUUGAAGAGAAUCUUAGAAAGGCCCAGCAGUCUGUGUCUGAAUUUGAAGAUAAACUUGCCGAUCCAAUUAAAACAUGUUCUUCAGCUACAGAAACAUACAAAGCUCUCCAAGAACAUAUGGACCUCUGCCAGGCCCUGGAGGCCCUGAGCAGUGCCCUGGCCGCUCUCUCUGCUGGUGCCCAGAAGGUCGUGAGCAGAGGCUGCUCCGUCCAGGAGGCCGCGGCCCUGCAGCAGAGAUACCAGGGGCUGCUGAGUCGGGCGAAGGAGAGACAGACGGCGCUGGAGGACCUGCUGGCCCACUGGCAGCGGCUUGAGAAGGAGCUGUCGACCUUUCUGACCUGGCUGGAGCGCUGCGAAGCCAUAGCCAGCUCCCCGGAAGUGGACGUCACUGCAGACAGGGUCAAAGUGGAGAGCGAACUUCAACUGACACAGGCACUGCAGAGUGAAGUUGUAUCCCAGGCCUCCGUCUACAGCCACCUUGUGCAGCUGAAGGAAUCACUGUUCUCAGUGGCCUCCAGAGAUGACGUGAAAAUGAUGAAACUACAUUUGGAGCAGUUGGAUGAGCGAUGGAGAGUUUUGCCACAGAUACUUAGCAAAAGACUUCACUUCCUGCAGUCGGUGGUCGCCGAGCACCAGCAGUUUGAUGAAUUGCUGCUUUCCUUCUCCGUCUGGAUUAAGCAGUUUCUCAGUGAAUUACAAGCCACGUCUGAGAUCAGCUUCAUGGACCAUCAGGCAGCUGUAACCCGGCACAAGGACCACGCAGCAGAAGUCGAAAGCAAAAGGGGGGAACUGCAAAGUCUGCAGGGGCACCUGGCGAAGCUGGGCGCUCUGGGCCGAGCGGAGGACCUUCACGUCCUGCAGGGCAGAGCAGAGGACUGCUUCCAGCUGUUCGAGGAGGCCGGCCAGGUGGUGGAGAGGCGGCAGCUGGCCCUGGCCCAGUUGGCUGGGUUCCUGCAGAGCCACACCUCUCUGUCAGAGGCGCUCCGCCGGCUGAGGCAGACGGUGGAAGCGACCGACAGUAUGAGUAAGAAGCAGACUGACUUAUUACAAAAGGACCUGCAUGACGCUGUUCAAGAUGUGAAGACGUUAGAAUCGACGGCCAUCGGGCUGGACGGCAUUCUUACCAAAGCCCAAUACCAUCUUAAAUGUGGGAGCUCUGAGCAAAGGACUUCCUGCAGAACCUCAGCUGAUCACCUCUGCUCGGAGUUAGAGAGGAUCCAGAACCUUCUGGGAACCAAGCAGAGUGAGGCAGACGCCCUGGCAGCAUUGAAGAAAGCAUUCCAUGACCAGAAAGAGGAGCUGCUGAAAAGCAUCGAGGACAUCGAAGAGCGGGCUGACAAAGAGCGUCUGAAGGAACCCACCCGCCAGGCACUUCAGCAGAGGUUGAGAGUCUUCAAUCAGUUAGAAGAUGAACUGAAUUCUCAUGAGCAUGAGCUGUGUUGGUUGAAAGACAAAGCUAAGCAAAUUGCUCAGAAAGAUGUAGCCUUUGCACCUAAAGUUGAUACAGAGAUAAAUCGCUUAGAGGUCACCUGGGAUGAUACCAAAAAGCUCAUUCAUGAAAACCAGGGCCAAUGCUGUGGGCUUAUUGACUUAAUGAGAGAUUAUCAGAACUUGAAGUCAGCUGUAUCUAAAGUUCUAGAACAUGCCAGCAAUGUGAUCGCAACCAGAACUACCAUAAAGGAUGAGGAGGAUCUUAAAUGGGCCUUAUCCAAGCAUGAAACUGCCAGAAACGAAAUGUGUAAGGAGCAGAAAGAAUUGGAUGACUUUACCAGUAAAGGAAAACAGUUGUUAUCUGAGCUGAAAAAAAUUCACAGUAGUGACUUCAUCUUGGUGAAAACAGACAUGGAGAGCACUAUGGACAGAUGGCUGGAUGUGUCAGAGAGAAUCGAGGAAAACAUGGAUCGGCUGAGGGUAAGCCUGUCCCUUUGGGCUGAUAUUCUCUCGAGUAAGGACGAGAUCGAAGGCUGGUCGAACAGUUCUGUCCCUCAGCUGGCCGAGAGCAUCAGCAACCUGAACAACAGCCUCAGAACAGAGGAGCUCCUGAAAGAGUUUGAGUCUGAAGUUAGAAACAACGCAUUGAAACUGGAAGACCUUCAUGCUAAAGUGAAUGACCUAAAAGAAUUAACGAAAAAUCCGGAAACUCCAUCAGACCUUCAGUUUAUAGAAGCGGACCUAAGGCAGAAACUGGAGCACGCCAAAGAAAUUACCGAAGACGCCAAAGGGACCUUGAAAGAUUUCAGGGCUCAGAGCACACAAGUGGAGAAAUUUAUUAACGACAUAACAACCUGGCUGGCGAAACUAGAAGAGUCCCUGGUGAACUGCGCCCAAACUGAGACUUGUGAAGGGCUGAAGAGAGUAAAGGAAAUGCAGAAAGAACUUCAAAGCCAGCAAAGCAACAUCAGCUCCACCCAAGAAAACCUCAAUAGCUUGUGCCGCAAGUACCACUCGGCGGAGCUGGAGCGCCUGGGCGGGGCAAUGACGGGCCUGACCAAGAAACACGAGGCUGCCAGCCAGCUGUGCUCCAGGACACAGGCCAGCCUGCAGGAUUCUCUGGAGAAACACUUCCAUGAGUCCAUGAAGGAAUUCCAAGAAUGGUUUUCUGGAAUAAAAGCAGCAGCAAAAAAAUCAUCAGACAGAACUGGUGACAGCAAAGUUCUAGAGGCGAAGCUUCACGACCUUCAGACCAUUUUAGACUCGGUCGGUGAUGGGCAGCGCAAGCUUGAUGCUGUGACUCAGGAAGGACAAACAUUGUAUGCACAUUUGCCUAAACAAAUGGUCAGUAGCAUUCAGGAGCAGAUUACCAAGGCAAAUGAGGAGUUUCAAGCUUUUCUGAGACAAUGCCUCAAAGACAAGCAGGCUCUUCAAGACUGCGCUCUGGAACUUGGAAGCUUUGAGGACCAGCACAGAAAACUGAAUUUAUGGAUCCAUGAAAUGAAUGAGAGGUUAAGCUCAGAAAACUCAGGAGAGAGUAAACAGCACAUUCCUGAGAAGAAAAAUGAAGUUCAUAGGGUUGAAAUGUUUCUGGGUGAACUCCUGGCUGCCAGAGAGUCUCUGGACAAGCUCUCGCAGCGCGGGCAGCUGCUCAGCGAGGAAGGCCACGGCGCCGGGAAGGAAGGGCGCCUGUGCUCCCAGCUGCUCACCAGCUACCAGGGCCUGGUCGGGAUGACCAAGGAGAAGCUGCGCCGCUGCCAGGCGGCCCUGCAGGAGCACGAGGCCCUGGAGGAGGCCCUGCAGAGCAUGUGGGCCUGGGUGAAGGGCGUGCAAGACAAGCUGGCCUGCGCAGACAGCACCGUGGGAAGCAAGGACACCCUGGAAAAACGGCUGUCACAGAUACAGGACAUCCUCCUGAUGAAAGGGGAAGGGGAAGUCAAGCUGAAUAUGGCCAUUGGCAAAGGGGAACAGGCCUUGAGAAGUAGCAACAAAGAAGGUCAGAAGGUGAUUCAGACCCAGCUACAGACCCUCACAGACGUGUGGGCCAACGUCAUGAGCUCCUCCGUCCACGCUCAGAGCACUUUAGAGGCUGUGAUUAGCCAAUGGAAUGACUACCUGGAGUGGAAAAGCCAGUUGGAGCAGUGGAUGGAAUCCGUAGACCAAAAAUUGGAGCAUCCCUUGAAACCGCAGCCAGGUCUGAAAGAGAAGUUUUGCCUCCUGGACCACUUCCAGUGCAUCGUCUCGGAGGGGGAGGAUCAGGCCGCAGCCCUGCACCGCCUCACUGCCAGGUCCAGGGAGCUCUACCAGAAGACUGAGGAUGCGUCCUUCACGGAGACAGCCCAAGAGGAGCUGAAAACACAGUUUAAUGAUAUAAUGACCGUUGCCAAGGAGAAAAUGCGGAGCGCGGAGGAGAUGGUGAAGGACCACCUCCUGUAUGUGGAUGCCGUGCAGGAGUUCACAGACUGGCUCCACUCGGCCAAGGAGGAGCUUCACCGCUGGUCGGACCCGUCUGGAGACUCAUCCGCCACCCAGAAAAAGUUGUCUAAAAUUAAGGAGCUGAUGGAUUCCAGAGAGACCGGGGCCAGCCGCCUGAGCAGAGCGGAGUCCCUGGCUCCGGCCGUGAGGCAGCGCACAGCGGCCAGCGGGGGCGAGCUGCUGGACGCAGAGAUGCAGGCCCUGCGCGCCGACUGGAAGCAGUGGGAAGACAGCGUGCUCCGGGCGCAGGGCAGCCUGGAGAGCCUGGCCAGCCAGAUGGCCCUCUCGGAGCAGGCGUUCUCAGGCCAGGUGGCCGCCCUGGAGCAGGCCCUGGAGCAGCUCGGCACCCUUCUCGCAACGUGGGCUCAGCAGCUAGCCCUCCUGGAAGGCAAGAACACGGAUCAGGAGAUAGUGGAGAGCUGGGAGAAGGGGCGCGAGAUACUGGAUGCUCUACAAAAAGCAGAGCCUAAGACAGAGGAUCUCAAGUCUCAGCUGAAUGAACUUUGUCGAUUUUCCAAAGACCUGAGUCCAUACAGUGGAAAAGUUUCUGCCUUGAUUAAAGAAUAUAAUUGUCUAUGUCUGCAAGCAUCCAAGGGCUGUCAGAAUAAAGAACAGAUUUUGCAGCAAAGAUUCCGAAGAGCCUUCAAGGAUUUCCAGCAGUGGUUGGUGAAUGCAAAAAUCACUACCGCCAAAUGUUUUGAUAUACCUCAAAAUAUUAGUGAAGUUCAAACAAGUCUUCAGAAAAUACAGGAGUUUUCAUCAGAAAGUGAGAAUGGACAGCACAAGCUAAAUGUGAUGCUAUCUAAAGGGGAACUUUUGAGUUCUCUGCUGACCAAAGAGAAAGCUAAUGGUAUCCAGGAGAAAAUUGCAAAUGCAAAAGAGGAUUGGAAAAAUUUUCAUUCAAAUCUUCACCAAAAGGAAUCUAUCCUAGAGGUAUUUCAGUCUGUCCUUGAGGAAAUAAACUGCUACGCGCCUCAGCUCCACAGGCUAAAAGAGAAAGCGCAGCAGCUGUGGGAAGGACAAGCUGCCAGCAAGAGCUUUAUGCACAGAGUGUCGCAGCUGUCCGCUCAGUACCUAGCGCUAAGCAAUGUGACAAAGGAGAAAGUGUCGAGACUGGAUAGAAUUGUUGCAGAACACAGCCAGUUCUCCCUCGGUGUGAAAGAGCUGCAAGACUGGAUGACAGACGUGGUUCACAUGCUGGAGUCUUAUUGCCACCCCACCUCCGACAAGAGCGUGCUGGACAGCAGGAUGCUCAAACUAGAGUCUCUAUUAUCAGUGAAACAGGAAAAGGAGAUCCAGAUGAAAAUGAUCGUGACCAGAGGGGAAUCCGUCCUGCAGAGCACGGCUCCUGAAGGCAUCCCCGCUCUUCAGCAGCAGCUGCAGAGUGUGAAGGAUGUGUGGGCUUCCCUUUUGUCUGCAGCCAUCCGUUGCAAAAGUCAACUGGAGGGAGCUCUCUCUAAGUGGACAAGUUACCAGGAUGACGUCCGGCAGUUUUCCGGUUGGAUGGACAGUGUGGAAGCCAGCUUGAACGAAUUGGAAAGGCCGUGCGCAGAACUGCGGGAGAAGACAGCUGCUCUCGAGAAAGCCAAGUUAUUAAAUGAAGAAGUGCUGAGUCACAGCAGCUUGCUGGAAACCAUUGAAGUCAAAGGAGCUGGCAUGACGGAGCACUAUGUCACCCAGUUAGAGCUCCAGGAUCUGCAGGAACGAUAUAGAGCCGUCAAGGAGAGAGCCAAGGAAGCAGUAACGAAGUCUGAAAAACUAGUUCGCCUGCACCAAGAGUAUCAGAGAGACCUCAAGGCAUUUGAAGUUUGGCUGGAGCAAGAACAAGAAAAGCUGGAACGAUACUCACUUCUUGAAGGUGAUACCCAUACUCAUGAAACCACAUUGCGGGAUCUUCAGGAGCUGCAGGUGCACUGCGCCGAGGGGCAGGCGCUGCUGAACUCGGUGCUGCACACCCGAGAGGAAGUGAUCCCCUCGGGCCUCCCCCAGACGGAGGACCGGCUGUUGGAGUCUCUCCGGCAGGAGUGGCAGGCUCACCAGCAGAGACUGUCCGAGACCCGGACGCAGUUCAAUAAUGUCGUCAACAAGCUGAGGCUGAUGGAACAGAAGUUCCAGCAGGUGGACGGGUGGCUGCGAGCCCUGGAGGAGAAAGUGAGUCUCCGGGCUGGUUGUCAGUCCAACCGGGCAGCCAAGGAGGCGCAGUUACAUCAGAUGAAGAAGUGGCACGAAGAGAUCACCACCUACAGAGACGAAGUGGAGGACGUGGGAGCCAGAGCCCAGGAGAUCAUGGACGAGCGCCGCGUGAGCAGCCGGCUGGGCUGCCAGGCCACCCAGCUGACGUCCAGAUACCAGGCCCUUCUUCUCCAAGUGCUGGAACAAAUAAAAUUCCUGGAGGAAGAGAUCCAGAGUUUGGAGGAAGCUGAGUCAUCUCUAAGCUCCUAUUCUCAUUGGUACAGCUCGACUCAUAAAAACUUUAAGAAUGCGGCUGCCAAAAUUGAUAAAGUAGAUAAGGCGAUGAUGGGGAAAAAGAUGAAGAUGCUGGAGGGCCUGCUAAAAGACAUGGAGAAAGGCCACAGUUUGCUGAAGUCGGCCCGGGAGAAAGGAGAAAGGGCUCUGGCAUACCUGGAGGACAGUGAGGCAGACGCUUUAAGAAGCAAGAUCCAUGGUCACGUGGAGCAAUUGAACGAGCUGACCAGCACUGUUCGGAAGGAGCACAUGACCCUGGAGAAAGGCCUUCAUUUAGCAAAGGAAUUCUCGGAUAAAUAUAAAGCACUUACUCAGUGGAUCGCCGAAUACCAAGAAAUCCUGCAUGUUCCUGAGGAGCCCAAAAUGGAAUUAUAUGAGAAAAAGGCUCAGUUAUCUAAGUACAAGUCACUUCAACAGACGGUGCUGUCCCAUGAAUCAUCGGUGAAAUCAGUGAGAGAGAAAGGUGAUGCUCUCCUGGACCUGGUGCAGGACGGUGCUUUGAAGGAUAAGAUCGCUAAGCUUCAAAGUGACUACCAGGCCCUCUGCAGCGCGGGAAAGGAGCAUGUUCACAGUCUUGAGGUGAAGGUCAAAGACCAUGAAGACUACAACAGUGAGCUUCAGGAGGUGGAAAAGUGGCUGCUGCAGAUGUCCGGCAGGCUGGUGGCCCCCGACCUCAUGGACACAAGCAGCCUAGAGACAAUCACCCAGCAACUGGCCCACCACAAGGCAAUAAUGGAAGAAAUUGCCGGCUUUGAGGACCGUCUGAACAACCUGAAAGCUAAAGGCGACACUUUGCUCAGCCAGUGUGCAGAGCACCUCCAAGCGAAACUUACACAACACGUGCAGGCGCAUCUGCAGGGCACAAGGGACAGCUACUCUGCCAUCUGCAGCACCGCCCAGCGGGUGUACCAGAGUUUGGAACAUGAAUUGCAGAGGCAUGUCAGUCGCCAAGACACGCUGCAGCAAUGCCAGGCCUGGCUUUCUGCCAUCCAACCUGAUUUAAAGCCAAGCCCGCACCCACCUCUGAGCAGGGCAGAAGCCGUGAAGCAGGUGAAGCACUUCAGAGCUUUGCAGAAGCAGGCCAGGACCUACUUGGACCUCCUCUGCUCCAUGUGCGACUUGUCAAACUCCUCAGUGAAAACCACGGCAAAAGACAUUCAACAAACAGAGCAGAUGAUCGAACAAAGGCUCGCCCAGGCUCAGACCUUAACUCAGGGCUGGGAGGAGAUCAAGCACAUGAAGGCUGAGCUGUGGAUUUACCUCCAGGACGCCGACCAGCAACUGCAGAAUAUGAGGCGGAGACACAAAGACCUUCAUUUGUUUAUUGCAGGUUACCUAUUUUGUCGGUGUUUUUACCUUCAGGAUUUUGUUAAGAAACUACAGUGCAAACAGGCGUCGGUGUCGGCUAUUACGGAAAAGGUGGACGAGUUAACCAAGAAGCAGGAAUCUCCUGAACACAAGGAGAUCAGUCACCUGAACGACCAGUGGCUGGAUCUGUGCCUUCAGUCCAACAGCCUGUGCUCGCAAAGGGAAGAGGAACUCCAGAGGACACGAGACUACCAUGACUGCAUGAGCGUCGUCGAGGUCUUCUUGGAAAAAUUUACUACAGAAUGGGAUAACUUGGCCAGAUCCGAUGCAGAGAGCACCGCGGUCCACCUGGAAGCUCUGAAGAAGCUGGCGACGGCCUUGCAGGAGAGGAAGCAGGCCAUCGAGGACCUGAAAGACAGAAAGCAGAGCGUGAUCGAGCAUCUGAAUUUAGAUGACAGGGACCUCGUCAAAGAGCAGACGCGUCACCUUGAGCAGCGCUGGUCUCAGCUGGAGGACCUCAUUAGUAGGAAAAUCCAAGUCUCGGUGGCCAACCUGGAGGAGCUGAGCGUGGUGCAGGCCAGGUUCCAGGAGCUGAUGGAGUGGGCGGAGGAGCAGCAGCCCAGCAUCGCCGAGGCCCUCAAGCAGAGCCCCCCUCCCGACGUGGCUCCCAACCUUCUCAUGGACCACCUCACCGUCUGCAGUGAACUGGAGGCCAAGCAGAUGCUGCUGAAAUCCCUCACCAAGGACGCGGACAGGGUGAUGGCAGAUCUCGGCCUGAACGAGCGGCAGGUCGUCCAGAAGGCGCUCGCCGACGCACAGAGGCACGUCCAUUGUCUCAGCGACCUCGUGGGCCAGAGGCGCAAGUACCUGAACAAGGCCCUGUCCGAGAAGACCCAGUUUCUCAUGGCGCUGUUCCAGGCCACCAGCCAGAUCCAGCAGCACGAGCGAAAGAUACUGUUUCGCGAGCACAUCUGCCUGUUACCGGACGAUGUGAGCAAACAGAUCAAAGCCUGUCGGAGCGCCCAGGCCAGCCUCAAGACCUACCAGAAUGAAGUCACUGGCCUCUGGGCGCAGGGCCGUGAGUUGAUGAAAGGAGCCACGGAGCAGGACAAGGGCGAAGUGCUGGCCAAGCUCCAGGACCUGCAGGGCGUGUACGACGCCGUCCUGCAGAAGUGCGGCCACCGGCUCCAAGAGCUGGAGAAGAGCUUCGUGUCCAGGAAGCAUUUCAAGGAAGAUUUUGAUAAAGCUUGUCACUGGCUGAGACAAGCAGACAUUGUCACCUUUCCUGAGAUCAACCUAAUGAACGAGAGUUCAGAGCUGCAGGCGCAGCUGGCCAAAUACCAGCACCUCCUGGAGCAAUCUCCAGAGUAUGAAAGCCUCCUCCUGACCCUGCAGCGGACCGGCCAGGCCAUCCUGCCCUCGCUGAGCGAAGUCGAUCAUUCCUACCUGGACGAGAAGCUGAACGCUCUGCCCCAGCAAUUUAAUGUCAUCGUCGCCUUGGCCAAAGACAAGUUCUACAAGGUCCAGGAGGCCAUUCUCGCUCGGAGAGAGUACGCCUCCUUGAUCGAGCUGACCGCCCAGUCUCUGAGCGACCUGGAGGACCAGUUCUUAAAGAUGAGCCCAGUCCCCAGCGCCCUGACGGUGGAGGAGGCGCUGUGCCUUCAGGAGGGCUGCAGGGCGCUCCUGGGCGAGGUGGCGGGCCUCGGGGAGGCCGUGGAUGAGCUGAGCCAGAAGAAGGAAAGCUUCCGCAGCACAGGGCAGCCGUGGCAGCCCGACAGGAUGCUGCAGCUCGUCGCCUCGUACCACAGGCUGAAGCGGCAGACAGAACAGAGGGCGAGCUUACUGGAGGACACCACGGCUGCGUAUCAAGAGUACGAGAAGAUGAGCCAGCAGCUGCAGAAACAGCUGGAGGCCGUGCGGGCAGAGCAGUCCCAGCUGAACGAGGAGACGCUGCCCGCGGAGGAGAAGCUCAAGCUGUAUCACGCCCUGGCGGGAAGCCUCCAGGACUCGGGGAUUCUGCUCAAACGCAUGGCCAUGCAUCUCGAAGAUCUGGUCCCACACCUCCACCCCUCGGCUUACGAGAAAGCCAAGCAGCAGACCCAAGCCUGGCAGGAGGAGUUGACACUGCUGACUGCGGCCAUCGGCGCCACCGUGACCGAGUGUGAGAGCCGCAUGGUGCAGAGUAUAGACUUCCAGACCGAGCUGAGCCGCUCGCUGGCCUGGCUGAGGGGUGUGCAGGCGGAGCUCAGCGGGCCCGUGUGCCUGGACCUGAACCUCCGGGACAUCCAGGAGGAGAUCAGGAAGGUCCAGAUUCACCAGGAAGAGGUGCAGUCCAGCCUCAGGAUCAUGAAGGCCCUGCGCGACAAGGAGACGGAGAGAUUCACCAAAGCCAAGGAGCUGAUUUCCGCUGACUUGCAGCACACGCUGGCCGAGCUCUCGGAGCUGGACGGAGACAUUCAGGAGGCUUUACGCACCAGGCAGGCUACAUUGACUCAAAUAUAUAGUCAAUGUCAAAGGUACUAUCAAGUGUUUCAAGCCGCGAGCGACUGGCUUGAGGAUGCCCAGGAGCUGCUGCAGCUGGCAGGCAGCAGCCUGGACGUGGAGAGUGCGGAGGACGGUCUCAGAAGCCACACGGAGUUUUUCAGCGCAGAGGAUCAGUUCCAGAGCAACCUGGAGGAGCUGCACGGCCUGGUCGCCACCCUGGACCCACUCAUCAAGCCAACUGCCAAAGAGGAGCUUGCCCAGAAAAUGACGACCCUGGAGGACAAGAGCCGGAGGGUGAUCCAGGACUCCCACGCCCAGCUCGAUCUCUUGCGGAGGUGUGCGGCUCAGUGGCAGGAUUACCAGAAAGCAAGGGAAGAGGUUAUCGAAUUGAUGAAUGCUGCCGAAAAGAAGUUGUCUGAAUUUUCCUUACUGAAGACUUCUUCCAGUCGUGAAGCAGAAGAAAAACUGUCUGAGCACAAGGCUUUAGUGGCAGGGGUUCACUCCUUCCACGAGAAAAUCGUGGCCCUGGAGGGUGAGGCAUCGCAGCUGGAGAAGGCCGGCAACGACGCCAGCAAAGCGACCAUCGGCAGGUCCAUGACCACGGUCUGGCAGCGCUGGGCGCGGCUCCGGGCGGUGGCCCAGGACCAGGAGAAGAUCCUGGAGGACGCGGUGGAUGCGUGGAAGAACCUCGGCAAGAAGAUUAAGAAAGCCACUGAUACGAUCAAUCAGCUAGAAGGCAAAUUACCGGAAAGUUCGGCAGAGAAAGCCUCAAAAGUGGAACUCUUAGCUCUGCUGGAGCACCACGACAUGUUCACCCUGGAGCUGGACCAGCAGCAGGCGGCCCUCGGCAUGCUGCGGCAGCAGGCGCUGAGCAUGCUCCCCGAUGGGGCCGCCCCACCCCCCGGGGAGGAGCCCCCCGUCAUGCAGGAAAUCACAGCCAUGCAAGAUCUGUGCCUGAGCAUGCAGGAGAAAGUGAGGAGUCAGGGGAAGGUGGUGAAGCGAGAGCUGAAGGACCGAGAAGGAGUGGAGACUCAAAUCAAUUCUGUGAAAUCUUGGGUUCGGGAAACGAAGGAAUAUUUGGAGAAUCCAACAAUAGAAAUAGAUGCUCAACUUGAAGAACUUCAGAUUCUCCUAACAGAAGCCACGAAGCACCGACAGAACAUUGAGACAGUAGCCGAGGAGCAGAAGACCAAGUACUUGGGUCUUUAUGCUAUACUACCUUCUGAGCUCUCCCUGCAGCUAGCGGAGGUGGCAUUGAACCUAGGAACUGUCCAUGACCAGAUCCAGGACAGAGUAAAACAAAUUGAACAGAGCAAGGCCACGAGCCAGGAGUUCAGCCGGCAAAUUCAGAAGAUAACCAAAGAUCUCACAACGAUUCUAACUAAGCUGAGGGCAAAGACAGACAACUUAGUUCAAGCUAAAGCUGACCAAAAGGUGCUAGGGGAGGAACUGGAUGCCUGUAACUUAAAGUUAAUGGAACUGGAUGGAGCAGUACAAAAGUUCUCGGAGCAGAAUGGCCAACUGGGUAAGCCGCUGACCAGGAAGGUCGGGAAACUGACGGAACUCCACCAGCAGACCAGCAGGCAGGCCGAGACUCGGUUCUUCAAGAUCAGCCAGGCAACAUCACAUUUAGAAGAAUACAAUGAACGGCUUGAAUUCAUUUUGAAGUGGAUUGACAAAGCUAAAGUAUUGGUACAUGCAAAGAUUGUGUGGAAUUCUGCAAAACAACUUCGGGAACAAUACAUUUCACAUCAGACCAUGCUGGAAGAGUCUGAGGAAGCCCACAGCGACUUGGAAGCGAUGACGGAGAAGUUGCAGCCCCUCGCCAGCGUGUACCAUACAGAAAAGAUGUCUCAGCAAGUGGCCGAACUGGGACGGGAGGCGGAGGAGCUGCGGCAGAUGAUCAAACUUCGUUUGCAGAAUCUGCAAGAUGCUGCCAAGGAUAUGAAACAAUUUGAAGCAGAGCUGAAACACCUCCAAGUGGCUCUGGAGCAAGCCCAGGCAACGCUGGCUUCCCCGGAAGUGGGAUGCCUUAGUCUCAAGGAGCAACUCUCUCAUCGACAGCACCUGCUGUGUGAGGUGGAGUCGCUGAAGCCGAAGGUGCAGGCCGUGCAGACCUGCCAGAGCGCGCUCCGCAUCCCCGAGGACGUGGUCACCAGCUUGCCGCUCUGCCACGCGGCCCUGCAGCUGCAGGAGGAGGCCAGCCGGCUGCAGCACGUGGCCAUCCAGCAGUGCAACGUCAUGCAGGAGGCUGUGAUGCAAUAUGAACAAUAUGAACAAGAGAUGCAGCGCCUCCAGGAGCUGAUAGAAGGAGCCCACAGAGAGAUCGAGGCUACGCCCGUGGCCACCAGCAACAUCCAGGAGCUGCAGGCCCAGAUUUCCCAGCACGAGGAGCUGGCUCAGAAAAUCAGAGGCUACCAGGACCAGAUCGCCUCCCUGAGCUCCAAGUGCAAGAUGCUGACCGUGAAAGCUAAGAACGCCACCAUGCUGCUCACGGUGACGGGCGUGGAGGGGCUGGUGGAGGACUUGGACCGGGAGCUCCUCCCAGCCGCCUCCGCCCACCCCGCUGUGGUCAUGAUGACUGCAGGUCGCUGUCACACUCUGCUGUCACCUGUCACCGAGGAGUCUGGGGAGGAAGGAACCAGCAGUGAGAUCUCCUCUCCGCCUGCCUGUCGCUCCCCGUCUCCUGUGGCAAACACCGAAGCUUCUGUGAACCAGGACAUUGCUUAUUACCAAGCCUUGUCUGCCGAGAGGUUGCAGACCGAUGCUGCGAGGAUCCAGCCCAGCACGCUGCCAGCCCAGGAGUUCUAUGAGCCAGGGCUGGAGCCCUCGGCGACCGCUAUGCUGGACAACCUGCAGCGUUCCUGGGAAACCUUAAAGAACGUGAUCAGUGAAAAGCAGCGCACGCUCUAUGAGGCUCUGGAACGCCAGCAGCGGUACCAGGACUCCCUCCAGGCCAUCUCCACGAAGAUGGAGGCCAUCGAGCUGAAACUCGGUGAGAAUCUGGAGCCGGGCCGGAGUCCAGAGAGCCAGAUGGCUGAGCAUCAGGUAAAAAUAGCAGUGACUUCAGUUUCCUGCCUGACUGCAUAGGUGCGCGCUUGUGACUGGUCACCGGCCGAGCGUGUGUGGGGAGAGCAGACUGACAUUUUUUCACUGUCUCAGCUCUCACCGAGUAAACAAGGUCCCACAUGCUGGUGGUUUCCACUCCUGCUUCAGGGUGGGAUCGAGGAGGGAAAGAAAGAAAGUCAGACCUCGAACCUAAUGAAAGGAUGCUGCAUGCAUUGAUGUUG